AUGAAAAAAUAUCAAACCCUUGGAAUUCGCGUUUUCUUUCUGGCUAUGUUUCUGUUUAUUGUAUCAAAAAUUGUGGCGGAAUUGGAGCAAGUUGGAGGAUUUGAGGUGGAAGAUCGAACGAUUAUUGUAAUUACACCAACUUACCGGAGGAUCAAUCGAAUGCCUGAUAUUACACGACUCUCCAAUACUCUCUCCCACGUGAAAAACCUGCAUUGGAUUGUAAUAGAAGACGGCGUGUCGACUGUGCCAGCGGUCCGAGCGGUCUUGGAGCGGACCGGCUUGUCCUAUACCUACAUGGCACAUAAAACUGCUCAGGGAUACCCGGCAAAAGGAUGGUAUCAGAGAACGAUGGCUCUGAAGUUCAUUAGAGAGAAUACGUCGCGGAUUUUGAACACUGAUCUCAGGGAAGGAGUGGUAUAUUUUGCGGAUGAUGAUAACUCGUAUGAUUUGAGAUUGUUCAAUGAUUUUAUUAGAAAUGUUCGAAAGCUCGGGGUUUGGGCUGUGGGAUUUGCGGGUGGCGCUGCAGUAGAAGCUCCAAAAGUUGUGGACAAGAAGGUGACGUCAUUCGACGCUCUUUGGGUCUCCAAACGAUUAUUCGCGGUGGAUAUGGCUGGAUUUGCAGUUAAUCUGAAGUGGAUCCUAAGAACCAAUGCAGUAUUUGGGAAAACAUGCAAUCGAGGAGAUGGGGCUCCAGAGACAUGUCUAUUAGAAGAUCUUGGAUUUGAUUUAGAAGAUAUCGAACCAUUUGGUUAUGAAAAGCAGAACAAUCGGGAAAUUCUCGUUUGGCAUACAAGAACAAGCUACCCAAAGUUGCAAGGCACCGACACUUUUGGAUAUUUCGUGGAAAAUUGA